CCUGGGACACAGGACUAGUAGGUGAGGCCUUGGAGAAGGCCCUGUGUAUGUUUCUGUCGCUGCAGUCCCCUAAAGGAUCUGACUGUGCCGUCAGCUUGCUCUGUCACCUUCUUAUUCUGAGCCUUGGUUCCCUCAUCUGCAGAGUGAAGGUGUUGAACUAGCUGGCCUCCGUGGUGCCUUCCGCCUUGGCCGUCCCCUACCUAGGGAAGAGGGACACUAAAGAACCCUGUGACUACCUAAGGUCGACGCACCUGCAUUCCCAGCUCCAGACUGACUUGGACCCAAUCCAGACUCGCGAGGCAGCUUUAUAAAGAAAUGGCUCGUGGCGGCUGAUAGGGAGGUUCUGUGCCGGUCAGUGCCGUGAUUACAGGAACCCUCAGUGAACCAGCAUGUCAUGGAGCCUCUCCUACGUGCUGGGCAGAGAGGAAAGUGAGCUCUUCAUCCUGGAGGUAGAUGGUAUCUGCCUCGUACAGACGAAGGACCUGAGAUCUGGAGAGGUCCGGACACUCUUCGUCAGUGGCCUCCCUGUGGACAUUAAACCCAGAGAACUCUACCUGCUCUUCCGGCCAUUCAAGGGCUAUGAAGGGUCCCUGAUCAAGCUCACAUCGAGACAGCCUGUUGGUUUUGUGAUCUUUGACAGCCGAGCAGGAGCAGAAGCAGCCAAGAAUGCGUUGAACGGUAUUCGCUUUGAUCCUGAGAACCCACAGACCCUGAGGCUAGAGUUUGCCAAAGCCAACACCAAGAUGGCCAAGAACAAGCUAAUGGCUACACCCAAUCCCACCAACGCUCACCCCGCCCUAGGAGCACACUUCAUCGCACGGGACCCCUAUGACCUUAUGGGGGCUGCUCUGAUCCCUGCGUCCCCAGAGGCCUGGGCCCCCUAUCCUCUGUACACCACAGAGCUAACCCCAGCCAUCUCACCUGCGGCACUCACGUACCCAGCUGCCACUGCCGCCGCCGCCGCUGCCCUCCAUGCGCAGGGUUUGGGAUCAGACAGGGGAGGGAGAGGAUUAGCCAAGAGGCCACAUCAAGGACCCGUGGCAGACCGCGAGUACUGAGAGAGACCCAGCGUGGUCCCACCACCCCCUGAACACCUGCAGGCAGGCACCGCACCGCGUCCUGCCCGUGGUGACAGAGCCCUGAUCCCGGUCCCAACCUGCUUGUGGCCUCUGGAGCCAGGCCGCCUGCCUCUGCCUCUCUGGUCUUCAUAAACUUCAGAAAGCUUUUGGAGAUUCUGUGUCUUGACUUUUUUACUGCCUGGAAGAAUGAGAACGAUAUUCUCUGCCUCAGGGUUGUUGUGAGAAUGACACGUUAGCAGCACGUGAAGUGUUAGCAUGGCAGCUGGAACGUCCUGAGGGCUCCGUGAGUGUGUGCAGGAAGGAGGGAACAGUCCCUGCUUGCGGAGAGUUGGGGAGGGUGGUGCUGGGCCAGGAGGGCCCCCGGCACUGCGGGGCUUUGUGCUUGCCAAGUGCCGUGGCAGAUGCCCGAGAGGCCAGCGAACCAUGGUCCGUUCUGGUCUGUCACCAGCAGGACACACUGCUGGGCGUCUGGACCGGUCGCCACCAGCAGCACAGGGAGGCUGAGGAGUGACGGCAAGCCCACUCUGGCGUGUGGUCAGUAGACUGAGCAAGAGCUGAGCCUUGGGAAGAGCAUCGGGGCCAGGCGCUCGGCUGUUGACGGAGGUGGCCUGGCCAGGACAGUAGGGCAGGAGGAGGAACUGGACAUGAGAAGCCAGGAAGAGAGCGUUCACAGGAACCAGAAGCUGAGGUGGGAGGGGCUGGGGGCUCCUCCCAAGGGAGGACUGAGUGCAUGUCUGUCUCCGGUCGUCUGAAGGGCUUAGUGACAUCUGGGUCCUCCCGGUCCUGAGGUGGAAGGUGCGGACUCCCCGGCUGCUACCCUCGCGGGCUGUUUCCUUCAGUGGGGGAAUUCUCCUUGGCCACAGCCACUUUAGAUGAUACUGAGGGCAGAGGCGUGGUUAAACUUGGCGCUGUUCCCGGCUAUGCACCACGAACAGCUGGAAAAUCGAUCAGGGGAUAGGAAGGUGGUCAAGAUCCUUCCCUAGAGGGAAAUGUUUGAGUAUUUACCACAAACCAGGUUCUGUGGUGAGCAAAGAAUGGUGAGCCGGGAAGACAGUCCUUGUCCUCUGUGAGCUGGCAGCAUGUGGAAGGCUGGCAGGAGUGCUCCCGGCCAAGCAGGGACUUUCACGGCAGCAGCCCUGCGAGGCCUUGCUGGCCUCCUUGCCUCCAAUCCCAGCUUUGCCACCAUUGAGUUACCUGAUCUUCUGCAGGUGACCUCGCCCCUGGGCCUCCGUGUGUGUCCUCGUCUGUAAAAGGAGAGGCAAGACCAGAUCAGGUGCAGAAGGUCUGCCCCAUCUGCUCUGAGAUGCUCGGCCAUGACGAUGGUGAGGCAGAGGUUGGGAGCCAGAGACGUAUGUCAGGUUAAUAAGGAGAGGCGCCUCUGCCCUUUUUUGGGGUGGCCCCCCAGCUGGCUGGGAGUGUCACGCUACAACCUGUCCUUAAACUCCACACUGCAGGGCUACGUGCCCUCCGAUUGUUGUCUUCCUUUCCAGCUUCCUCUCACCCUGUCCAUGCCCAGGGGCUCCAACUCCAGUCUGGCUGCCUCAGUCCAAAUCCUGGCUCUUUGAACACUUGUGUGACCUUGGGCAAGUUACUUAACCUCUCUGUGUCUCCAUUUCUUUGGAAUGGUGAUAAUCAUACGUCCUUUAUCAGUGUUUGUUUUUGGCCUGUUACUACAGAGGGAGAGCUAGAAAGGUGUCUGUUAUCAGUUAUAUUUACUGUCAUUCUUGUGUAGUGCCCCCUCGUUUCUCCCUGAGGCUGGAGGCCUCGUUGGGUCUCAAUUCCUGCCUCGGGCCUCCCUGGGAAGGGGAUGAAGGCCACCACAAAGGAUAAUGGCAUUUUUCAGGACGCAGGCUAAUGACAGGGGAUUGGAUCAGGUAGUAACUAGUUGUGUCCCUGCUACUCGACUGCUCUGGACAUCUGUCUCCACAGCAGUAAACCACCCUGUCCGGACCAGAUGCACUCGUAAGCACGAGAACAUUUUCCAAGUAGUAGUGUUUGUGUUUUUACCUUCCAAGAGCCCCCUCCUUGUCCCCUGACAGUGCUGCCCAGAAGUGGAAGCUGAAAGACCUUAAUAAAGAAAGUGGACGCUGUUGAUCCCAAAGGCGGUAUUCUGAGUGCGGAGGAACAACAGCAUUGACUUUCUGUGCUUGUGGGCAAGGAGGUGACUUGGAGAGAAGGUAGUAGCAAAAGGGGGUGCAAAGCAGUCCUUCCUUUCUCUAUCCCAGCAUGCGCACCCCGACUGCAUGCCCCCCGCCACCAGCCCAGCCUCUGCUGAGGCAUCCGUGUGGGGCCACAGGGCCCAGACCUGCAGGAAGGGGCUUGGAGAUGGCUCAGUCCCACUCUGGGCAUGAGGCCAUCUUGUUCGACCUUCGGGUUCUCUUCAUAGAAGCUUCCCCUUUAAGAGGGUGAGGCAUGCAAGAGGUAUGGGUGGCGGGGGCACUCUGGGAUCCGGAACAUGCCUAAAAGCAGGGGUUCUCUGUGUCCCUUGCAUCCCAGGGUCCUCCCAGACUGGACUUCAUUUUCCACUUUCACCUGAGGAUGUGGGGUCUUUGACCGUGGCUCUUUUCCCCUCUUCCACUGGCUCACCGCUUACUAGUGAUCUUAAUGUUACAUGAACUCCCUUGCCUCUAUUUUCUGAUCUGUAUAACGGACAUGAUAAGGUUCUCUCUUCCCUUUGCUUAUUAUCCUGUUCCCCCAAAAAUGGCUACUUUGAUCCUUAGGCUUGGUAGGGUGCGUGUAUAAGAUCCGUAAAUGUGGAUCUUUUAUAAUAAAAGUUAUACAUUUGAUCUUUUUAAAGCUUACGUAUCAGCCCGUUUCCUGUCGGUAAGUGUAGAGUUACUUUCCGGCUGUGUGGCAGACCCACCGUUGCGUGUGCGUGCGUGUGCUGCUCCCUGUCGAUGGUGCGUUAGGUUGUAGCGCAGGUGCCGCGCUGCAGUGGACGCCCUUGUCCGCCCUGCGUGCCUGUCCUGCUGGUUUUCCUUAUCAUACAUUCCUAGAACCAUGACAAGGUCAAAGUGUAGGCAUGCCAACCGGAGCGUUCCUUUAAUUGACUUUCUGAUGAGUGAGGCGCCCAUAUUUCUUGGCUGCUCCUAUUUCUUCUCAUGUGGAGUGAUUGCUCUGUCCACCUCCUGGUUGUAUGUUCUCAGUCUGUCCCAAGAUCUGAGAGACGACAGAGUUCAUGUGCCCCCAUGCCCCUUGGUUUUGAUGCUGCCCCUCUUGGAGCCGGGUCAUUCUAGAUGCCCAUGGGCCUGUCCAUGUGGGGUGGCUUCUCAGGACCCGCAGAACCCCUGUGAACACCUGGAGGCCCUGAUCGCUGUGCCUUAGGUGGCCUCUUGUUCUGAGCUGGGGCAGGAGGGGGGACGGGCCUUCUGUAGAGCCCGUGCCAGCCUCUCCCGGCUGUCUGAGGAAGUGCACAGGCGGCCCCUCAAGUAUGUUCUGUCCGCUUGGAGGGCUCAUCCAUCCCAAGCUCAGAAAUGGGGGCUUUCUUCUACUUCCUCCCCGGGGAGGUGGUGGCUCAUCUCAGGCUGGGGGGAGCUGCCGCUUUGGAGGCUGAGUUGCAGCGCCUAGUGGGGAGAGUGGGGGCCCCCACGAAGCAGGCUUGCCAGUGGAGCCCCUUAAGCAACUGCGGGAAGCCUCGGCCUCCCCUGUUACGAGAGAGUCAGAGGCCUCCGAGUCUUUCCCAUGCUAACCGACGCUCGCACCUUGUGCAGCCCUGCAAGGCACCCAGCUGGCCGGACUUCUUGCUGCAGGGCUGCAGCAGUCUGAGGCCGGG